AUUGAUUCGAAGAAGACGUUUAUCUAAUUUCGUCACAAUUUUUCUUCAUCUCCAAGGAAAGAGUCUUGUUGAGUUCAUUUUAAGGAGUAUGUUAGCAAGAAAAUCGGUAAUUCUUGCAGUUGGGAUAGUUAUUGUCAGGCUUGUUUUUGGCCUUACCUUUCUGUUCGUCAAUGAAUCUGCGGGAGAAGGUGAGUAAAAUAUGAAAUAUUUUUAUCUUCUAAAAAUCGCCAUAACGAUACAGAAAAUGUGCAAAUGCUGAUGACUUUAGGUUCAUAACACUGAUAAAUAGCUUUCACUUUAACAGAGGAAAGAGGGUAUUGAAUGAGUUUAUUCUGUGUUGCUUUUUAUUCGUUAACUUUGGUGAAGAUAAGCGGAAUCGCGUCUCACAGAGUUUGGAAAAUUCUAGCUGGAAAAUAAAGCUUUUUGCAUCAUGUUGCCUCUCUCUGUCUAAACAGAACAACAAACUUGAUUUGCUUUUAACUGAAGAAUAAAGCAGCAUUAGAUUUCACUUAAAAACAAUUUGCCCUGGGUCAAUUUACCACUGUCUUGAGCUUCGCUCAAAAACCGUACGACUUUUGACGUGUGGUUUUUUAUAACUCCCGGCAGAGAAGUUAGUUGUGACAGCCUGUAAAUACACUUUUCUUCGCCAUUACAUCUUCCGCAUAGGCGAAAACUUCAGGCCACCGAUUGCUUCUCCCCUCUUGAGUAGAUAUCCGAAUUUGGUCCUGCGCUUAUCGCUUUAAGCGGUAAUUUACUUAAGGGCCUCGUUGGAGGGAGCUACUGUUAAAUAGUGCCCAGUCUUUUAGGAGACUCGAGCUUACCCCGCCAUUACACAUUCGUGGUAGGAAGGUUGAUGACGAUACAUUUUAUAUUUUGUCAUUGUUGGUUUUUUUUUUCCAAGUUAUUUAAAAUUAAACCGUCAGGAUGAUGAAAAACUUCCAAUUCUUGUAUUCUGUCGAGAUACUUUUUAAGACACUUUGCAAUUUCGUGUUAACAGAAUUUACAUCAAGCAGUGGCCAAGUGUCAAAUGAAAGAGCUGCCAGUGGCAACUGGUCUGACGAGUUCUGUUUGCCCGAUGACGUUGAUACUCUCAGCCAGACAUUAUCCCCGGUAAUCUACACGGUGAUUGGAGGAACCGGUAUGCUAGGAGUCCUCUUGUUGAUCUACGCAUGCUACAGGUGCCACAACCGAAGCUUACGUGUGCAGCACGCCCGCUACCUGGCUACUUUACCUUCACCGCCCCAGUUCCCUACUGGAGCAGCUCACAUCUACAGAGAUGAUCUCAGGGUGAUUUUGGUGAAUGAAAACUAAAUCGUGUCUAGAGUAGUAAUCUUCAGAAAGGACCAGAAAAAUUUUAGUAGCCAUUUCAUAUCUCACAAGAGAAUAUCGAGAUUUCUCGUGAAAGUUGGGAACGUUAGAUUGAAAAUAUAAUGAGCUGCAAUCUGAAAAAAUUCUAG